GAUAACACCACACUUGCAUGUUUCGUUUCCUCACCAAACGCGCAAUGACAAGUGCCUACUACCUCGCAAAGCCCCCCAGCAACGCCUUCAGCGGCCAGUCCAAAAUGGCGUCCUCUGUGCCACUCGACGAGAUACCGACAUUGACGCUGCUCUACAAGCUCAAGAAGAUCGGACCCACUGCAGACAGCCCUCCAGAAUACGAGCCAAACGCCGUAUACAACGACAGAAUCAGCGUCAUUUGCCAGGAUAUCACCACACUCGCUGUCGACGCGAUCGUAAACGCUGCGAAUACGUCAUUGCUUGGUGGAGGCGGCGUCGACGGCGCUAUUCACAGCGCAGCAGGUCCAGAGCUCCUGGACGAGUGCGGCACACUUGGUGGCUGCGAGACUGGCAGCGCCAAGAUCACGGAUGGCUACGACUUACCCGCCGACAAGAUCAUACAUGCUGUGGGACCCAUCUACUGGAACAAGAACAAGGAUGAGGCGGCGAGAUUGCUGGCCGGCUGCUACAAGACUAGUCUGCAGCUGGCCGUUGACAAUGGCUGCAAGAGCAUUGCGUUCUCUGCGUUGAGCACGGGGGUGUACGGAUACCCCAGCGGCGAAGCGAGCUUGGUUGCGUUGGAAACCGUGCGCAGGUUCUUGGAAGAGGGUGAGAAGGCAGACGAGCUUGACCGUGUCAUCUUCUGCAACUUCCUACAGAAAGAUGAGGAUGCGUAUUUCAAGAACAUACCUACAUUCUUCCCUCCUGCAAACCAGACCGGUCUCAAGGCAGAAACCAGUCUUGAAUAUGACAUAGAGGAAGAGCAAGAGGAGGAACAAGGUACAGAAGCGACAACCGAGGUCCUUUCACAGCUCCCUGAUGCUCCGACCGAUGAGCCCGUGGAUGUCGAUGACGCCGAGCAACCUUCACACAAGAAGCAGAGGACUGAGGAAGUGUCAGAUGAUGAUUUCGUUGUGGUCGACAAGGAGGGUACAGAUGAGUCGAAGCCCAAGGCGGAGCUCUGAGCGGUAAUCCAAAACCAUUAUGGUUUCGAAGGCAUCGAUGACGAUAAGGUUUCAUUCUCCUUGACCUUGCAGUUAGCAUUGGCGUUAUGGAGCACACAACGAUUAUACCCUGGAUACGAUCGAACUGGAUAUGCAGAACGAAUGACACGACAAAAAACUCACUACAGAUGGCCCUGCACAUGCUUCACAGUUCACGUAUGUGUUGAACGACAGCAACAGAUUCCACAUGUUGAUAGGAACGAACGUACCCUCUCAGUGUCUGUGUGGAGAAACAGGUGGAUUAGUCUGAGCUUAAAAUCUGGGGUACCGCUAGUAGCAAUGUUGGGGAGGACAUUCUCAACGAUUUCGAACUACUGUACUAAGGCAUUAAUCUGUUCGCGGCGCACGGGCCGAACCCCAACCACCACAAAUGCAAUGACCAACAUCACAACUUCAACCCGCUACUGCACAACCACAAUGAGGG